UUUAUAUUUUAACUGCUAACAUGUACGUUUUUAGUGCAACUAGUACAUACACUGAGUUAUGCUGCCUAUGUAGUGUUCCUAUGAAGACGUGUGUAUGAAUAAGUGAGCGAAACGUAAUUGUUGAAUGUUUGCUAGAUAUGUAUCAGGACUCUAUAAAGUAGACGUAUGUGUCAAACGGUAGGGUGUUUAAUGAAUUGUACAUAUGUGAAUAGCACAAAAAAUUCGCGGGUGAGAAGUUUAUGCGUUAGUCAACAUCCCAUAAACACGAAUGCUUCAAAGGUUCAUGGAAUCAAAGGCAUGGUGGGACGGGGUGGGUGGUAGAGAAUUAGAAAAUUGUUACAACCCUGUGCUAGAAACAGUGGAAAGUGUAUAUAGAAAUCGCUUGAAUAUGUUAAUUAUGUUACGGCUUCCUGUUAAGAUACCAGUUUUAUAAAAUUUUAAGGCGUCUACUGGUGUUAUGGAAGAAACUAAUAUGACACCCAGGAGCAAAUUGCGGGGUUCGAAUUCGAUGGGAAUGGGUAGCUUCAGCAUACAAGGACGUACCUAUGGCUCACAAGGAUCAAUAAACAACUUCCAUUCUGUGUUCAAUGGUGGCGGUGAUACCGGUUCGCCACCUGUGCUUGAUUUAUCGGAGUUUCCCUCUCUGACCAACAGAGGGCAACCUGAGCCUGUACCUCAGCCAAGUCCGAUGCAGAGCAAACAAACAUAUGGUAGGCCACUUAGGGCGGCAUUAAAUCCUACCAAGAGCUCACAUACUGAUAACAGUCCAGCGUUGAUGCGCCAUAGUCCAGAGGUUAACACAGGUGGAGCAACGAGAUUACACAAGCCAAAAGGGGCACGACCAGUCAGAUCGACAAUAAAUCCAUCCAAAAAUUGUCACUCUGAGCACAUUCCAGGCCUCACCUCUCAGAGCCAGGACAUCGACAUGGGAAGAGCAUCUGCAAGUAGACUGUUGAAAAACCAAGUAACUGUGGUGAAGGCACCACCAUCAGAAACAAAUGAAUUUACAAUGAGCUCGGAGGACUUCCCUGCACUGCCUGGUACCCAGAGGACAGAAGGACCAUCUCCUGGUGGAAGUUUAUCAGUGGAAAAGAAUCUCUCUGUAUCGAAUUCAGAUAUUGGACAAGAAACAACUGUUGGAAAUAGGGCACCUGGUGCUGAGAAGUCGCAGACCAAAAGAGGAAUACAAACAUCCCCUGAUGGUAAAGUGACGAGGAUCCCGGGAAGUAUGGUCAAGGACCAAUUUGGUAUGGUUGGUCUUCUAACAUUUAUAAGGGCUGCAGAAACAGAUCCUAAUUUGGUUUCCUUAGCCCUGGGUCAAGAUUUGACUGCACUUGGUUUGAAUUUGAAUUCACCUGACAAUCUGUACCCUAACUUCGGAGGGCCGUGGGCAGAAACACCGUGCCGACCUCAGGAUAUUGAUUUCCAUGUGCCUCCUGAAUAUCUUAUUAACCCUAAUAUAAGAGACAAACUGGGUCCAGUGAAAUUGAACCGGUACAAAGAUGACUUGUUGUUUUAUAUGUUUUAUACAAACAUUGGUGAUGUGGCACAGUUGGCUGCAGCAACAGAGUUGUACAACAGGGAGUGGCGGUAUCACACAGAAGAAAAGGUUUGGAUUACACAAGCACCAGGAAUGGGAGCUGUUGAAAAGACUUCGACAUACGAACGUGGUACAUACUUCUUUUUUGAUGCACAAAAUUGGCGAAAAGUGGCUAAGGAAUUUCACCUUGACUACAAUAAGCUGGAGGGCAGACCUCAAAUGCCAUCAACGAUUAAUCAGUCCCAAACUGUCAUGUAAUUUCAUUUUAUAAAUAUAUAUUUUUGAAUAAAAUAUGCAAAAAUAGUAAUAUAUGUGGACACUGUAAGUAUGCAAGAGAAAAUGAAGUAAGAGGCACAGCAAAAGCGGAUUUCUAUUUUCUGAGUACGUUUUUAUCUUUUAAUGUCACAUUCUACAUGAUUCGUCGGGUGUGGCUCUCAGCGUAACAUUGCCAGAAGUGUACUGUGUAAUACAUAAUUGUAUGUACAAGAAUAGUGAUCUGCAGACUGGUAUCAUGUUCAACAAAAGGAAGAAAGGACUUAUUUUCCUUCAGUUAUGUUGUCAAUAUUUUGAUUAGUUCAGUUUUGUAUGUUUUGUUUUAUUUCAUUUCUUAAUUGUGUUGUUUGUAUGAGAACCUGUUUACAACAUUCAUGUAUAUGUACAUAUUGUAUGUCGAGCUGUCUCUAAAAUUUGAGACAGCCAGAAUCGUGAACUUAUUAUAUGCGUUUAAAUGGUUAUUGUUAUGAAGAAUCCUGAAUAUUUUAUUUUUCCCUUGUAACAUAGAUUUUUUUUUACACAUCUUUACUGUAACUUUUAGUUAUGUGACUGACCUGCUUUAAUCAAGCUAAUAUCUGAAACACAAGCAGAGACAGUACUCAUGUGCUUUAUAUUUGGAUUGUGCACAUGAUACUCUUUAAGUUCUACUGUAACAUCUGACACUCUUCCUCAUUGUUGCGAAAUACAUUCUUUGUCUGUGCCUGAUGAAC